AUGAGCUUAUCCAACACCGACUUCCGCAAUAGACGCGGCUCAAACUUCAACAUGUUCAUGGUCGGUACUUCGUGGCCAACCUCGAGUUCUGGUUCCUGCACUACGGAAUCCAUGGUACUCACGUUACUCCCCGACUUUGUUCCGCGAGUCGGCCUUUGCCACCCAGACCCCAGUUCCCCUGGUACAAAGAUCCGGUUGAAACUUACUUUGGGGCCGGAGAACGUCAUCGCACCCCGACUGUCGGGUGUCGGUAGUCUGGUCAAGCGCGAGCUCGCGACCCAAUUCUUGGUCAAUCCACGUUGUACCCCAACUGGAGAAGUCGAUCCCUCCGUGUGA